AUUUACUAAUAAUUUAAGACUAUGUUGUGAAGCACCAGGUAAGUUGUGCAAGUUUAUUCAGUAAGAGAACGUUAGUCUUCGUGAAUACGUUUCAUGAAGGUGAUGUCACACAGAUAACGUCACAAAAUUAUUUUGCCAGCUGUUUUGCGCUUUUCGAACUCGAUUCUCUUCCCCACCAGACCACUUCACUUGUUUCACUUUUUAUCACAAAAUGGCUGAUUAUUGUCCUGUCUACGCGCCUUUCUUUGGUUCUAUGGGCUGCACUGCUGCCAUCGUAUUCAGCUGUCUCGGUGCAGCUUACGGUACUGCCAAGUCCGGUGUGGGUCUUUCUGCCAUGGGAGUGUUGCGCCCUGAUCUUGUCUUGAAGUGUAUUGUGCCUGUUGUCAUGGCUGGUAUCUUGGUGGCCAUCAAGCAAACUCUUUUUAGUGGUUUUAUUCAGUUGGGUGCUGGUUUAAGUGUCGGUCUUGCAUGUCUUGCGGCUGGUAUUGCUAUUGGUAUUACUGGUGAUGCCGGUGUUCGUGCUACAGCUCAACAACCCAGAAUGUUUGUUGGCAUGAUUUUGAUUUUGAUUUUCGCUGAAGUGUUGGGUCUGUAUGGCCUUAUUGUCGCUUUGAUUCUUAACACCAAGGCUUCCGGCGGUGAAAGCCUGUGCAACUAAAAAGCUAAAAAAGAUACCAAAUGAAUAAAAACGACUACUAUAUCUCACGGGAUUAGUUGAUCUUACUAUAUAACACAGGAACAUUCUUCAU